AGUUGAAACGUACUUUUUGGACGCGUUUUUGAGGAAUCAAGAUUAUCCUUUGCGAACAGCCGAAUUACUUGUCGCCAUCCUUGUGCGACUUUACACGUCGACGCUCUGGAUGACGAUGAGUGCCUCUGAGAAUGAGCGCGAACGGUGACCAGCAGCCUGUGAAGCUGUCCCUCCCACUGAAAUAUCAACAAGAGCUUUUCCAGGAGCUGCGUGAAAAGGAUGAGCUCGUAGUCAUUGCCCGCGGGCUUGGCCUCCUCCGUCUUGUCACGAAUCUCCUCCAUUCUUACGAUGCAGCCGGGAACAACCUAAUACUGGUGGUGGGGGCCGACGACAGAGAGAAUGGAUGGCUUGGAGAAGCCCUGGCGGAACAUGCUGCGAUCAGCAUGGCGCCGAAGGCCAGAGGCCUGAGUGUUGUAAAUACAGACGUGAUGAGUGUGGGGACAAGAGAGAAGAUGUAUGCGCAAGGCGGCAUAUUCAGCAUAACUUCGAGGAUUCUCGUGGUCGACCUUUUGACCAGUCUGCUGAACCCGGAGACUAUUACUGGACUUGUGGUAUUACAUGCCGAUCGGAUCGUGGCCACUUCUUUGGAAGCUUUCAUCUUGCGGAUAUAUAGGCAGCGGAACAAGGUUGGUUUCCUUAAAGCAUUUUCAGACAAUCCAGAACCCUUUGCAACUGGGUUCGCGCCACUCUCUACAAUGAUGCGCAACCUAUUUCUUCGCAAUGUGUCUCUAUGGCCACGAUUUCAAGUGGUGGUCGCGCAGGCAUUAGAAGGCAAGAAGAAAGCGGAAGUUAUCGAGCUCGAAGUUCCCAUGUCCGACUCCAUGCGGGACAUUCAAAAUGCUAUCAUGGAGUGCGUGGAAGUCAGUAUUGGAGAACUCAAGAAGAGCAAUACGGGUCUAGAGAUGGAAGAUUGGAACGUCGACAGCGCUCUUCACAAGCAAUUCGACAUGGUCAUCAGAAGACAGCUCGAUCCCGUGUGGCAUAGAGUCAGUUGGAAGACCAAGCAGAUUGUCAAUGAUCUGACCGUCUUGCGAGGCAUGUUACAUACACUACUCACCUAUGACGCUGUCUCUUUCAACCGACAUUUAGAUACUAUCUUGGCUGCGCACUCCCCGCCCCCAGGAUCUACGAGACAAAACCAGUCUCCAUGGCUAUUCCUUGACGCUGCCCAUACCAUAUUUGACACCGCCAAGCGAAGGGUCUAUACUGGCAAAGCCCAAGGAGACAACCAAGAUGUUGAGUCUUUGCGACCUGUUCUUGAAGAACAACCUAAGUGGGCUGUCCUUGCCGAGGUUCUAGAUGAGAUUGAUCGGGACCUCUACUUCAAUCCUAUUGUCAGAGACGAUUCCAAUGGAACGAUCCUGAUAAUGUGUACGGAUACGGCGCAGUGUCGUCAACUACGAGAAUACCUUCAAAAUAUGCACGUACGGCCAGAACAGUCCACUGCGGAGGAUGAAGAGGUAGACGAUGAACCAUCUGCCGCUUUCAUGAUGAAGAGGAAGCUCAUUAAUUAUCUGAAGUGGAAGAAGGAAUUUGCAAAGAUCAGCGCAGCUCUGUUUGCUGAGAAUCAGAAAGAAUUGAAUGGUACGAGCACCACUAAAUCCACGGCGAACAAUAGCUUCCGAGGGAAAGCUCCGGCGAACAAGAGGAGACGAGUCAGAGGCGGCGGAAAUACUGGAUCUGGCUCCUCUCGAGCUGCAAACGGCAGCAUUUUGGCCUCAGAAGAUAAACCUCUUGAGGUUGCAACGCUUAUUUCAGAAAUACAGCCUACCGGAGCAGAGACUGCUCAGAAAGAAGACAUAGUAGCAGAUCCGUUGGAUGACAUGGAGGACUACUAUCAAUUAUACGAUAUGCAAGAUCUGGUCGUCAUCCAUGCUUAUGAUGGAGACAUGGAUGAGCACGUCCUGGAGGAGGUCAAGCCUCGUUAUAUCAUUAUGUACGAGCCAGACACUUCUUUUGUUCGCCGAGUGGAGGUCUACCGGUCAUCACAUAACGAUCGCAAUGUCCGGGUGUACUUUUUGUACUACGGUGGUUCGGUAGAAGAGCAGCGUUAUCUUUCAUCUGUUCGACGCGAGAAAGAUGCGUUUACGAAGCUAAUUAAGGAGAAAUCGAGCAUGUCUGUAGUCAUGACUCUUGACGCACAUGGCAUCGAAGACCCCCAAGAAGCCUUUCUACGGACCAUCAACACUCGCAUAGCAGGCGGUGGCCGUCUUGCUGCCACGGCUCAACCACCUCGGGUGGUUGUUGAUGUGCGAGAGUUUCGUUCCUCGCUACCCUCGCUUCUGCAUGGUCGUUCUAUGGUCAUUGUGCCAUGUAUGCUAACCGUUGGCGAUUACAUCCUCUCGCCCAGUAUAUGCGUUGAAAGAAAGUCGAUUAAGGAUCUGAUUUCGUCGUUCAAAGAUGGACGUCUGUAUAACCAGGCAGAGACCAUGCAACUACACUACAAAAGUCCUAUGCUCCUGAUCGAAUUCGACCAAAACAAAUCCUUCACUCUCGAACCUUUCGCCGAUUUAUCGGGUUCUUUGUCCUCUAUGUCGGCCUCAAACGCAAGUUCAGAUCUUCAAUCUAAAUUAGUUCUUCUCACGCUUGCAUUCCCUCGACUUAAGAUCAUCUGGUCAUCAUCGCCCUAUCAGACAGCGGAAAUUUUCGAAUCGCUCAAGACCCAGCAACCAGAACCGGAUCCCAUCGCUGCAGUCAAAAUUGGUCUCGAAGGUGGCCAGAGAGCCGAGGAUCAGAGCUUCAACAGAGAACCGCAAGACAUGUUGAGGAUCGUGCCCGGAGUGACAGGAAAGAAUAUCAAGAACUUGAUAGUUGAGAUAGGAAGUCUCAAAGAAGUUGCCAAUGCUACUGUCGAGGAGCUAGAGCCUGCUGUUGGCAAAGAAGCUGGGAGGCAGAUACAUAGAUUUUUCAAUAAGAGUGUGCUAGAUGGCUGA